UCCUCAGCUGUGCUAUUUAUAUAAUUGUGUUGUUAUAUAACAGAGAAUGUGCAUGUAUGUCGUAGUUAUACCCUGGGCAUUGCAGUAGAUGAGGCUUAUUCACACACACUCACACACACAGACAUAUGAGGGUAUCCUCGCACGCUUGCACUCACUUGCUCACACCCUGCUUGCAUUGCUCAGCGAUGCCAUUUCUUUGUAGUGGGGAUGCAAUCCUGGAGAGAUUAUUUUUGCAAGCCUUGUAGUGCUUCAGUCACCUCUCCUCAGGAGGACAUGGAAUACAGGAUGGGAAGCUGCAUCGGAGUCGCACGCAGCCAGGCUGCAGUACACACUGACAAGGUGAGCCCACUGAAGGAGAAGUCUGCCACUGCAGAGAACGGAUCUGUCCACACUGAUUCAGUCAAAGCAGAGCCACAGGUGACUGCUGAUGAGGAAGAAAAGCCGCAAAGGCAAGAAGAGGAGGAUAAAGAGGAGCUAGAGUUUCCUCAUGAUCUGCUGACCAGCAUAGACCUUGACCUCAGCACUGAGCUCAGUCUCACCUGGGGAAUCUCACUUGGUUGUGAGCAGGGGAGCUUGGGUGAAAUGAAGAAUGAGACUGUGGCACUGGGUGGCACUGCCAACCCUCUGCUGGCAGGCCUAGAGCACUACAUAGGGGCCAGUCCACCAGUAGUGGGCCUCAUGAAGAGCUGUGAUGGUGACCAAGUUUCUACUGAGAGAGCAUCACUGACCCAAGCCCACUUGUCUAGCAAAUCUCAGCAACAUGUUCCAUCCCUCAAUCCUGUGGCUGCCCAGAUGGAUUAUGAACUCCAGGAAGCUUUAAGGGAAUGUGAAGACGAAAUGGCUGCUCUUGGCAUAUCCUCCCAUGCAGACACAUGGACUGCAGGUGAUCUGGACAGGUGUUUCUCUGUAACCGUGCCUGAAAGUUAUGAGAAAAAUCAAACCGAGAAAACUGAAGUCAAAAAGGAUUUUGGUUCAUCUUCACAUAAACCUGCCAAAUUUCAUGAAGGUUGCCAUGGAAAUGAUGGAGCGCACACAAAUGACUCAACAGCAGGUGAAGAGGGGGUGGUUAGCUUCAGAGAUUAUGUUCUAGGAAGAAAGCAAAGUAAUGCAUGUGCAGCUGGAUCUGAGGAUGUCAAAAACAUUGAGGAUAUAACGGAAAACCACAGAGAAGAAGCAAGCCAGCUGUCAGAGGCAGAACAGCAAACAAAGUUAGAGAUAGACGCAGCUGAGAACAUAGCUGGUCAACAAAAGACACAAAGCAUAAGGACACUUAGGACAGGUACACAAACAACAUCAGAGAUUGAUGCGGAAAAGGAAACACUUACCCAGGAUCAAUCAAUACAAGAUAUCUGCUCUUUGAAAUACACCCUGGAGGAUGAGACAGGAGUAAUUCAAGAGACAAAUCAUUUGAAUGAAGAAGAUAUAAGUUCUGCAAAAGCUACACAGAUGAUUCAGAACUCAGAUGAAAUAAAAAUAAAGACACAUAGUCAGUUAAUUAGUGAUUCACUAACGUGCCCAUCCACACAUACAGAUAAACAUUCUGGUCACACGUUACACUUAGAAGCUAAAAUAAGCGUACAACCAAACAUACAGAAACAGGUGGAGUCAGGGACACAUCAGUGGAUAAAUGGACAGAUAGAAACAAACACAAAAGUAGGAUCAAGCCUUGACCAUCAAAGACAGGAAUUAGGACUCCCAGAACAGCUGAGUCCUGAGGAUAAACAAUUGAUCUGCUCCCCACCUCCAGAACCUAAAGCUAAUCUUUCCCUGGCUGAGGCUCCACCUGCUCUGUUACUGGACUCCCCACAGGGGCCUGAGCAAAAUGAUGUCCAGGAUCAGACAGAUGGACCCUGCAAAUCAAUAUCAGAAGGUGAAACCAUACACCACAACUACUGUACAACAGGGGACAAACAUGAGAAAAAUGUGUCUGAUGCAUCUGCUGUUGUGAUUGAUUCCUGCCACGCUAAAACAGCCCCUGAACAUGAGCCUGUAGGGAGAUGUGACUUAGAGACAUAUCCACUGGAGCAGGAGAAUGGACCUCCUUUAAGUGGUGGAGCUGGCGCACAUGCAGCACUGUGGGGGAAUUCACAUGCUCUGAGCCGAGCCGGUGCAGAAGAGAGGGAGGAGGAAGAGAGUGCCCUUGAAUGGGCUUCAGCAGAGUCCGCUGCCUCCACAUUGCUACAAACAACACCCACGAUGCCAGAAAUGAUAGAAAGCGAGGGAGAGAAGAAGAGAGAUGAUGCAUUCCAAAGUGCUGCAAUAAUAUUACAAGCAGCAGAGAGAGAAUCGGACGUGCUGGAAGCAGAUGAAUCUCCGAGCUCAGAGGAAACAUUGAGUGAAUUUAUAGCUGAAAAGGGACAAAAAUGCACCUCAGUAAUUUUUCCGGACAUUAAGUGCUCACCUGUUCAGAAAGAGGAGGCGACUGAGGAGAGCUGUGGCUACAAAAUACCACACAACACAACGGAGAGUGAGAGGAAGGGAGGGGGUCUGCCGAUCGCACUCUCCCCAGCCAGAGACAAGGAUACAGGCACAGUCGAUACAGAGGACAAAGCUCUGGUCACCUAUUCCUCUCCAGGCAUCCUUGGAACAUGUGACUGGAAGGUGGAGAGUUCACAAUCGAAGGAGAGAAAAGGAGAGAGCGAAGAGGAGGGGAAAAAGACAAGCGAAGGCGGAGCACAGAACGCAGCACAAGCUGGCAGGGUGUCACAGACAGAGGCAGCGACUGAGACGUGUCCAUCCCACUGCAUCACAGCAUCACCAGCGGCAACACAAGACCAGAGUGACCUCAUCCAUCCUGUCACAGCAGGCACAGCCCCGUUUCCUCUGAGCAUCAACAGAAUAAACGACUGCGACUCUGUCAGCCCACCCCCUCCUCUUUCCCACAUAAACGCUACAAAGACAGAAGUGCAGAGAGUGGAAAAGGCUAAUCUGAAUCCGAGCCCAAGUGCAUCAGAAGCAGAACUGCCAGGCAGUGAUAGAUCACUUCCACCAGCAGUUUCUUUAGAAAACGAAUGUCUCGCUGCGCAAGCCGGUGAUCAACAGGUACAGAGCUCUUUACAGACUAGAACCGCAAGCUGUGACACAUCCAUCAAGACAGAGACACAGCAACAAAACCAAGAAACAACUUCUACAAGUGAAGACACAUCUCAAUCAACUAAGCUACAAGUAAACAUGAGGGAUAUCGCCGCAAGUUGUACCAAAUUGGAAGGACAUAUGUCUCCAAAAGGUAUGCAGAGCUCUUUUGAGAACCAAAAGGAUACAACAUUGAAAUGCCAAAUGACUGAAUGUGCCUCUCUGCCCCCACUGAUGGUAUUUGAAAGUCUACAUCAUCCAGUAAAAGAGGCUAGCUUCAACUUUAAAGGUUUUCUCAGCAUCAGCAAACCAGCACUUCCUCUUCAGACAGAAUCAACCAUUGGCCAGAGAAAUACUGACCUGCAUGGAACAGAAAAUGAACCUACUGCCACUGAAGGAGGUAAAAAGGGAAAAAAUGGAAAGCAGAGAGAAAAAGUGGAACAAGUGGAAAUGCCAUUUAAAGAGUCAAAGGACUGCAGAGAAAUGACCAGUACAUCCCAAAUGCAUGGUGAGACUACUGUAAAACUUGAAGAAAAUGUCAAUGUAAUUAUGAGUAGCUGUGAAGACGAUGGAAAAGUGACAGAUGAAACUCCUGAUGUCAGCAAGAGAAGUCCUGUUAUAUUUUCAUCACUGUCAGCUGCAGGUGAGACCACCGGUGUUACUGAAGCUAAAGACAUGGUUAAUGAAACUCUGGAAGAUGCUGAAGUAAGUAAAGAGAAACAAGAAAAUAAAGAAUGUAUGAAUGUUACUCAGAUCACUCCAUAUAUUACAGAUGAGUCGGCAUCCACUGAGAAGAAUAGUGUUUUACUACAGGAUGUAUCUCCACAAGAGGGUCGUAACAGCAGCCCUGCUGUGGAUGGUGAGCGGGCUGAUAUGCCUGUGUCUGAAGGAGUUGAACAAAGAAAUACUGAAGUUCUAUUUAACACCAAGGAAAAGCUGGAUGAAGAGACUGAUAAAUCAAAGGGAUGUGGGUUACCUGAAGCAGGUGAUAUAGAACUAACAUGUCCAGGUAAUUCAGAGAAUCUUGUGAAUGACAGUCGAGAGCAAAAGCCAGAAAAAUGCACAUGUGAAGUUGAGUCACAGGUAAAAACCAGCUCCAUGUCUCCAGCAGCUGCCCCAGACAUAGACAGCAUGUGCCCAUGCACUCAACCAGACAAGAAAUUCAACACCGAGCAACCUACUACAACCUCAGAGAUGAAGUUUCUGUCAAAAGCAGAUGAGUGUACAGACAUGCUGCCCUAUCAGACUGAAUCACAGUACAGUAAUGAACUGAUGAAAAAUGAUGCAGCGGAUGCUGGGGACACAACUGUCCCUUCUCUUUCUGCAGUGGAGACUACAGUACCAGCACAAAGGGAUCUUUCCUCAACCACCACACAAAGCACUAACAGUGAUGCUAGGGAUGUGUCUGUCAUUGUACUAAAGGCUCCAGGCCCAAUGCUGAGUCACUGUGAGUUCAUUAAUGACUGUGAUAUUGCUGUAGCAGGACCCGGAGAAGAUUGCAGUGUGAACUGUGUGUGUGAUUCUGACACAGAUAUUGUAAAGAAUAUUACAGACAAAACUAAUCAACAAUCAGAUGCGAAUGAAGAGAUGUUAAGAUCUCAAAAUGCAGAUGAUCCUCCCUACCCUGUUGGUGUCUCCACACAGGAAAUUGUAGCAUCAUCUGGGUCCCUUCUGCUCACAACUGACAGGGCAGAAGAGGCAGGUGGUUCAACUCUAGUGUUAAAGAACCCAGAUAUUGUUGGAAAUGCAAAGAUGAAACAGAAUGAAACAUCUAAGGGUAUUGGAGAAUUGGAGGAUGUUAGAAAAGGGAAGAGUGAAGGACAUUUUAAUUCUAUACAUGAAAAUGAUUUAUGCAAUGCACCUACAAAUGUUGCUACAGAAAAUGAAGUAAUUAAUAAAGACACGUAUGAAGAAUUCAAGCACGUGAAGGGGGAAGAGGACAACAAGAAAAGUGUAAAGGAAACCAAAGAAAAAUCCAAUGCAAAAAAUGAAAGUAGUUCCUCGCAGGAAGAAGAAAUUGAACAAAAAAACGGAAAGCAGGGUGAAAUGAAGGAGCAAGAAGAAAUGCCUAUUAAAAAGCAGAAGAAUAGUCGAGAAGAGACCGAUACCUCUGAAACAUCCUGUGCUGAUGAAAUGCUUCAUUAUCAACCAGCUUUGACAAAUCAGCAAAGUCCUAAUGAUGAAAUCAAAUGUGAUUCACUCCCGAUGAACUUGGAGGACAAUCUCGUUACACUUUUGACUGAGGAGCCUGUUCAACAUGUGUCUGUAGACAAUGUAAAACUGAAUAAAGAUGUAUCCAAAGGAUCCAGGCAGGUGAUAGGAGGAGAGCAAAACAGGGAGUGUGUGCAAGAAAAUGAGGUACAAAAUGUAAAAUUAAUUGCAGACAAGGACUGCAAAAAGAGAACAAAUAUCUCUCAAGAACAGGAUGAGGCUGCUGCAAAAGAAAAAGCUGAUCAAACAAAAGAAGAAAAUCAGACAUUAAUAAAUCUCUUCAAUCUAUCAGGAAAAAAAAAACUAGUAGAUGAAACCAUUCCAAGAGGAAAAUUGCAGUGUAGCCCUAUGCCUGAGCCUGGUUUAACCUCCAAAGGGAUUACAGAAGAGGCUCUGGGUUGUAGAGGGGCACUAACUGAAAAAUCUCCUCCAGUCAUUGAUCAGACCCUGUCUGCAGUGGUGAAUGCUUCUCCUGAGAGAGAUCACACACAAGAUCCAAGAGGUUUGAGCCAGUCAGAUUUGCCAUUUUCACAGUCCCAAGAGCUCCAGCAGCAACAGAAGUUUGUGAGUGCCCUAGAAGCAGUGUUAAGUGUGAGUAAAAGCAACGUUUUAGAAAAUGCUGAGACCAAUAACAAUGCAGAUGCUGAGGCAAGUGAAAAGGAAGGGAAGGUGACAAUGUACUGUAGUGCAGAGGCUCAGAGAUCCCUAAUCAGCACUUCAGAGAGUGCCACACUGGUGGAGGGCUAUGACAAAGAUAUUGCUGUGUACAAUAUAUGUCUAGAGAAUGAAAAGAAGGCAAUACAAACAAUCAAUCUUAAUGGUGGGAAAAUUCCUGUUUGUGGCGAAAGUACUACAAGUGAAAUACAAACACAGUCAGAUCCCAACUUUUCUGUAACAGCAUCGUCAGCUUCUGAAACUUCAGAAGUCAAACGGGUUAUAGAGGCAAUAGAGGCAAAAGAGCCUGCCAUCUCAGCAUCACAGGAAAGUGUGAGUAAACAUGCAGAUUGUACCAAAUCACAGGUCAGUGCGGAUGAGCUUGGGAAUGUUUGUAACGAAAUACUUGACACCAAGAAAGGCUCAGAAUUUCCUGUAAAUCACUCAAGUGGGUUCACUGUGAUUCCCACCCUCUCACACCAUGAAGGAGGACUAAAAACAGAAGAGAAAUGUUUAGACUCUGUUACCCCUGGAGACACUGGAAACACUGAGAUCAGUUCUGAUUCAAUGAGUGAUGUUGCACAGAUGUCUCCUGCAGGAACGUCCCGAAUUCAGCAAGAGAAAGAGUCCAUUUUUCAGCCCUCUGAUUGCCAGAUCUCCACCACCACAUCCUCUUUUUCUGCUUCUGUGCUCCAGAAAGGUAUUAAAGAGGAAAAAGAGAUAAGUGUGGAUCAGGCCUCUAAAGAUACACUAGAACCUAACACUCCUAAUUCCACUCCCCAAUCUGAGACAGCCAGCUGGAGGAUGGAGCAGCUUAAUAAGCAUUUGUCAGAGCAAUUCCCAGACGGCACCCAAAACACAGAGGAGCAGGAUACACAGUGUUCUGAACAGCAGCUCAUGCAGUUACAACAUGUAGUAACUUGUUUGGACACUGAAAACACAAUCAGUACUAUGAAAGAAGAAGACACAGUUUCAAAUGGCUUACAACAGCGAGAAGGAAUUCAAGAAGAGAUAAGUAAACAGAUGGCGAAUGAGGAACAGAACAAGGCCACUGAAAAGGAUCAGACAGAAAUGUCCAAAGGGGCUGAACCUAAGUCUUCACAGUCUGUAGUGAAAGAAAACAUCUCCAAAGAAAAGUUGGAGGAGCAGUCUUUAUUUUCCCCUGAUGAAGCAAUAGUUGAUAAUGUAGACCAGCAAACUGAAGAAGUUUCUAAUGGGACACUGACAGAAAUGAAACCGGUUGUGUCAUUGUUAUACCCUGAGACCUCUGUCUGCUUAGUGACUGACCCCCAGGAUUCUUUCCAGUUCCCUCCUGCAGUCAAUCAACAGUCUAGUCAGCAGCCCACUAAGUCUUUUAUCCAAAGUUUACGUCAAAACACCACAAAUACAGUUAAAAGUAGCAGUGAGCCAAGUCCUGACAUAGCAGAUGACUCUCCUGGAGACACGGAAUCCCUUCUAAUCAAUAAAGCAAUACAGAAAGAUGACAGUGAAGCUAUUGAAGAUGAAGUCAGCAAGGUGACAAAAGCUGCAGAUGUGUUGCUGGGUUCAUGCACAGGAACAGUAGAGGUAUCACAGGUUAUCAACAGUUCAGACAGCCAAGUCCUCAGUGAAAUCUUUAUACCUGAGAGGUCAGAUACAGUCAACUCCUCCGAAGGUUCUGAUUGGCUCAGAGCUCUGAAGGAGGCAGCCUCCAUGUCUCAGAUCAUUCCAGAGCACAGAGAUGAGACUACCUGUGGAUCUACAGAAAACAGACCAUCUGAGAUCCACAGUUUGCCUCAGGCUGAACUAGAAUUCCGAACCCCAACUGAAGAAUAUUUUCCCCCUGCACCUGAAGAGAGUUUUCCCCCUGCACUUGAUGAGAGUUUCCCCCCUGCGCCUGAGGAGAGUUUUCACCCUUGGCCUGAGGAGAGUUUCCCCACUGCGCCUGAGGAGAGUUUUCCUCCUGCCCCUGUGGAGAGUUUUCCUCCUGCACCUGAGGAGAGUUUUCCUCCUGCUCCUGUGGAAAGUUUUUCUCCUGCACCUGAGGAGAGUUUUACCCCUGUUACUAAGCAGACAGAAGAACCACUAGACUGCAGGAACACAACAAAGCUUCAGUUAACUUUGGGGCAUGAAGACUUUCCCUACUCUCUGUCCAGUCCUCAGGCUCUAUACUGCAAAUGCCCCCACCAGUGUCCCAAUUCCCCACAACUGCUGUUGUCUCAUGCUGCUCUGUCUCCGCUGCAGUGGGCUCGCUGGGGCUGGGACACACUGCUGGGAGGGACAUUUGGAGAGGAUGGAGCAGACCCAGCCCUAGGGCUUGUCCAGCACCUCAGCUGGACCUCCAGACAUGGUUACAUGAUCCAUGGCAGGCAGAGGAGCUCAGACUCAGACGGAGCAUUCGAAACCCCUGAGUCCACCACCCCUGUGAAGUCUGCUUCACCACCAGUGCCCUCAACAGAGCCCCCCUGCACCAAAUCAGAGGCAUUGUCCCCAGAACACACAGCUUCCACUGCUGACAUCUCUGCCAGUGAAGCUCAAGAGCCGAAACAGCUUCAACCUCUCAGUCGCUCUCAAUCCAUAGUCUUUGAUGAGGACAAACCAAUAGCUGCUAGUGGCACCUACAACCUAGAUUACUUAAUUGCUGGUGACCCCUUCCCAAAAUCUAAUUUUGGGUCUGGACCAUCAAGCCGAGCGCCUCUUACCCGCUCUCUAAGCCUACAGUCUGGUGAGUUAGAGAGCCCAGGAGACAAACCCUCAGGAGAAACCUCCGAAAAACUCAUUCACUCACGAGCAGAGUCCUUCAGCACAGGAACAGAAAGCGCUCCAGGAACCCUUCGGAAAGUGAAGAAGCCCCGUCCAAGUUCCCUCAAGAAGAAACCUCUUUCUCGGCAGAACUCAAACCCAGAGCAUUCCUCUCCCAAAACAGUCUCCUCUAGCAGCACACCAGAAGAAAAAAAGAGAGGGAAACCCCAUCCCGAAAGCCCCUUGCAAACCCAAGAGAGGCCUAGUUCCUCUCCCAGCCCUAGUCCUAGUCCUGCUGGUACCCUGCGGAGGAACAGGAUAAAGACUCGAGUUGAGAGUCCUCCACCUUUGGCUGAGGAGAUCACUACGUUCUCAAUAUCGAGCCAACUCCAACCGGAGCUUCCUGAUCCUGUACCUGAGGCUCCAGCUGUCCACGACGAGGAGUCUCCUAUCCCUCCCAUUGCCUCCUACAAAUGGGAUCCGGACAAUUUUGAGAAUAUUGACCCAUUCUGUACAGGAGGCAGUAAAGUCGCCAACUCGCCGGUCUUGGGCAGGAAAGUCGACUUUACAUCAGUUUCAGACACCCCUGUUGCUGUAGAGGAGCCUCGUGCCUCUUCCCCUGCUAAAGAGCAACCCAUUAACAUUGAGGAACAGCCAAUCACCAAGUGCCAACCAGUCAGACUGGAGUUUGACUAUUCAGAGGACAGUGGAGAGGCGCCACGCAAUACUCCUCCUCCUAAAAUCCUAGGCAAGAAACCAGGGGCCAAGAUGCCCAUCCGAAAGCCCAAACUGGGGAUUAAGAAGGCCCCUCCACCCCAGACAGAGCAGCUAGACAAUGCACCUGUCCCUGCACUUACAAAUGACAUUGAUGAUAUCCCGAUCCCUAAGGGGUCAUAUAACUUUGAUUCCAUCAAGUGGGAUGACCCUAACAUUAAUCCAUUUUCUUCAAGAACUGGUAUCCCCAACUCUCCUGGCCUGUCUAGAGGAUCUUACAGCUUUGAUCCUGAUUCCUCUGAUGACUUAAUCGAUCCCUUCAGAUCAUCCAACAAGAUGGGAAACGCGCCUCUGAAAGCUGCCUCUUUUGACAAGUCCAACAAUGACAACGAGAAUGACAAUGAUAACAUUGUUGAGUUGGAGGAUCACAACCAGAACAAACCUGCCAAAAACAAGAAGAAGCCUCUCAAAUCUAACACUUUUAGAGUGAAGAAAUCACCAAAGAGGACUCAGAUUACUGAGCCGUCUGCUCAAUGUUGUCCUGUGUGUUCUCCACUCUCGCCCUCCACUUCACACACACAUAAUCACCUGCAGGAGCACUCGCCUGAUGCCAAUCCCGAGCCUUCACAAGAUCACGCCACAGAUGAGGAGAAACUGGCUUCCUCCACCAAUCAGAAAUGGACUAGACAUGACAUAGAGUUGGAGCUGAACUCUGACCCCCAAGACUUCCCGCAGCCGACUGACUUUACAACUUUUGUCAACGAGAACAGUUUACCCACACAGAGUGAUGUUACAGACUAUGAGAUUGAAUACAUGGAAAAGAUUGGUUCCUCCGCACCUCCUCUCUCUGUGAAGAAACCAUCACUUUAUCUGAAGCUGGACUCUGUGACAGACAGUCCAACGAAGACUUCCAACAUGCAAGAUUCAGAGCCCAAUUCUCCCUUCACUGGGAGCUUUGAGGAGAUGGAGGCUCAGAUCUCGCAGGGGAAAUCACCUGUGCUGCCACCACAUGGUGCUCGUGACUCCAUGGCCUCAGAGAAAAGCAGAAAGAGGGACAGUCAGUCUCAGAAUCGAACGCAGAGCAACGAGAGAGAUGGAGCAUCCCCCAUCCAGGGCCCCAUGGAUCCCUCAGAUCUGCUCCUCUUAGACAGGCUGUCUGAUUCACCUGCCCCUCUCAGCUACUUGGAGCCUGAUCUGGCAGAGACCAACCCCACUGUCUUCGCUCAAAAACUGCAGGAGGAGCUGGUGCUCGCAGCCCUGAGGAUAGAGGCUCUACAGGUAGCCAAAAACAUCUCUCAGAGCCCCACUUUGUCCACUGUGUCCCCUCAGCAGAGAGAAAUGGCCUCACCGGGAGACAGCGGGGUUUCGAAGAGCUCCUUCUAUUUACAAUCAGGAUAUAUUGAGGGGGAAAGCCCUCAUCUGCCACGUGACAUGGACCACUCUCUUGCCAUCGCCCGAGAAGAGAUUGUUGUGAAAGAGAAAGAAGCCAUGGAGUGGAAGAGAAAAUACGAAGAGAGUAGACGGGAGGUGGAGGAGAUGAGGAAGAUAGUUAUGGAGUAUGAGAAGACUAUUGCAGAGAUGAUUGGCAUGCCUGAGGGUGAACAGAGGGAGAAGACUCUGUCUCAUCACACUAUCCAGCAGUUGAUCCUGGAGAAAGACCAGGCUUUGGCUGAUCUCAACUCCGUGGAGAAAUCUCUCGCUGACAUGUUCCGCCGCUAUGAAAAGAUGAAAGAUGUUUUGGAAGGCUUCCGCAAGAAUGAGGAUGUGCUGAAGAAAUGUGCACAGGAAUACCUGUCUCGUGUCCGUAAGGAGGAGCAGCGCUACCAGGCCUUGAAGAUCCAUGCUGAGGAGAAACUGGAUAAGGCGAAUGCUGAAAUCGCUCAGGUGAGAGGCAAAGCCAAGCAGGAGCAGGCAGCGUAUCAGGCCAGUCUGAGGAAAGAACAGAUGAAGGUGGACUCACUGGAGCGCACACUGGAACAAAAGAACAAAGAGAUCGAGGAACUGACCAAAAUUUGUGAUGAACUGAUUGCCAAGAUGGGAAAGAGCUAGCCGUCCAUUCGACAGAGUUCUGUCCAUACCACAAAAGGACACUAGAACAAUAACCAGACAAGAUGGAGGGGCAAGAUUAAAGUGUUCAUUAUUGUUUUUUCCUCUUUCUAAUGGACAGAACAAUGAACUAACCAAACAAAAGGAAUUCACACUACUGAAGUCUUCACAUAAACUGGAGUCCCUAGGACUGUGAGGACACACUAGUUUCUGGCUGUAAUUAUUUUCAAUGUGUUAAUGUACACCACCUUACCUAUGUUGAGGGUCUUGUGAAAGUACUCCCCAUCAGUAGAGACUUUUUUGAGUGUCUGUAUAGCUCUCUCUCUCUCUCUCUCUCUCUCUCUCUCUGUCUCUCACACACACACACUAACAAGCAGAGAGUAUGUGUUUAUAGUGAGUCUGAAGUUAUGAGUGCUGUUGCCAUGACAACCACUGAUGGAGCCGACUGUUAAACUGAUUGCUGUGGUACCCUCUUCUUAACUUGAAAACAGAAAUGACCAGAGAGAAUAUAUAUAAUAUAAAACAGAUGAAUUAAUCAUUCAGUUGUCACAAAGUGGUAUUCAUGAUCAUGAAAAAAAUGCAUGUUGUAGGCCUUGACGGUUUUGUAAAUAUGAAAAUGACUUGAAAAUAGUAUAGGAACAUAACUGCAGAUUUUGAUACUGUUAGUUUGAUCAUCUUCCUUGUGUAUCUUUGUAGAUACUUGUUGUUCAUUUGUUUCGUUGUCUUCUAGCAACACUGAUGUGUGAUUUUAUUUUUGGAUUUUAUUUUGAUAUAUAAAUGAACCCACUUGUCACUGUCAGUGGUUCUGAGCUAAUUUAAUCUGAAUGGUUUUGUCUCAGUCCUGUUAUAGCUGAUGUUUUAGACAAAAGAAGCUCUGUCAGCUCUACAGGACAUGCUUACAAAGUGCAAUAAAAGAUGGCAAUACA